GUCGACUCACUUACUCUUCGCGGACUGAUCGCCUUGCCGGAGCUUUAUCGGAAGCAUAUUGGUGUAGUUCUAGCUAUGGCGGGCCCGAAUAAAGCUGAAAGCAGACAUGAGUCCUCCAAAUUCGCGAUCAUAGUCGCAACGCUAUCGUGCGUGUACAAUGCAAUCGUUGCCGUUGCCAGUCUCUACCUACCUGAAGACCCAGUGUACAUCGGGACCCUCAUGGCGACAUACGCAUGGGCAAGUCUGUUCUGGAGCGUAGUUGGCUUGGAGGGAGCUCUGAAGAAGCGACCCGGUCUCAUCAGCUCCUUCGCCCACUUCCUCCUCCUCGACACUUUCGUCUCAGCAAUCAGCCGCCUCAUCAUCCUCCAAUUCUUCUUCGACGCCUUUUACGACCAAAAUGUCUGCUCCGCGGAGUACGACCUGACCUGGAGUCCCGAGAGUUUCCAUAACGACAUUGUUUCGAGCGUUCAGCAAUUCCGCGAGGACCAUAUGAUGCUGCGACAGCGGAGGAGGAGUUGCCAGGUGGAGUUGGGCAUCGUGCAGGUCGGGCUGGUAUGUGUCGUGGUAUGCUUCGCGGUGGUCCAGGGUGUGUUGGCAGUGUGCAUGAGGCGACACGGUCAGGUGGUGGAGCGCGGAGUUCUGGUGGAGAGCGGUCUAGCACUCGGAUCGAUCGCGGUAAUGGACGAAAAGACAGGCAUCGCAUGCCUUGAGGGAUGAUCGCUAUGCGUUACGAUGAUGAAUUCAAGGUUCCAACGGCAAGACUGGCACGGUCUGAUGACAUGUCUCAAACAAAUCGCCUACAACUGGAAGUCAGCAAGGUGAUCGGGAGGAAUCGCGACUAUGCCGGUCGUACCAUUGGACCAAUGCUCCUCGUCCACGAAACGGCCAUCCGGCGAGAUAUUGGAGCAUCUCCAGUGUGCCGUGCUGGAUUUACUCGGAAGCCUGACAUAGCAAGGCACUUCCCAGUGCCCACAGCUAUCGCAACUGCAGGCCAGAUCCGGUGCAUGCCAUCCGAGAACUUCUCGAUCAUGGCCGCAGUAGGUGCGUACCAAUAGAACCCAAGCCGGCUCGCGCGUGUUGUCGGCCAUCUUCGAGAGACGCUCCUUGAUCGCAUC